AUGAAGAGCUCGCAGGUACCGGGGAUCAUGUCCUUGGCCAUACCGUGGAUGUUGUCUACAGCCGCGAUCGCUCUGCGCCUGCUCGCCCGACGCAUUACCAAGACCCGGCUGUGGUGGGAUGACUGGAUGGCACUGUCUGCCUACGUAUGGGCAGUCGGAAACAGUGCCUUUGGUAUAAAGUGGGUUUGUGAUGGCCUUGCUCUGCACCGGGCAGAAAUCUCGUGGAUGACGCCGAGCCAGACACUGAAGGCCGCACGAAUGAACCUCUUCUUUCUUGUAGUCUUCUACGCACUCGCCGUCGGCUUCGCCAAGAUUGCCGUCCUGGCCCUGUACUGGCGGAUGUUUUCGCUCGGCCGCUUGAGAUACCCCAUCAUUGUUCUUACUAUUUGCUCGGUCCUGUGGACUGUGAUCAGGGUACGCUUCUUCAAUUCCCACGCUUCGUCCUCAGGUGAGAAUCAUGCUUUCUAA